CCCCUCAGCAUCCCAACCGUGCUACCCACCCCUCAGUCUCCGAUGCUGCAUGAAGGAUUUCCCCCUCUUCCCGCGGGAUACGCACCAAAAUCGCUCUCAUAAUAAUGGACUGCGACGCUCGCUGUAAAUUGAUGCGCUAAUGACAUUUUAUUUAGUCUUCAAAUAUGAAUCAUGCGUCUGAUAUUCCAUCUGUGUCUGCUCGCUAGCAUAUAUAUUUCCGUGCCAUCUUCUAUCGCCUCAACCUCAACGGUUUCCAGCUCCGUACAGAAUGAGGAUCUCAGGGAUCAGCACGUGUCUGAGACCCCGCGAGAAGCGACAGCAGCAGCACCGGGCAAUUCCACGGGAAGAAAAACCGGAGAGCACGAGGUCACGGUCACAUAUCCCUCCCGGCUCAUCUACUACUUGAAUGAGGAGUCGGAGAGCACGGAUCAUGACCUGGACACUCGGGCGAGGAACCAGGCCGGUGAUGGACAGGAUGUCCACCUGGCCCAAGCAAGUUUCCAGCUGGAUGCCUUUGGCACCACAUUCACUUUGGACCUUACUUUGAACAAUGAUCUGCUCUCUUCAGAUUAUAUGGAAAUCCACUAUGAGAAAGACAAGCCCGUUCUCUCCAGGGGUGGGGAACACUGCUACUACCAGGGCCACGUGAGAGGAAAAGAAGACUCCCGUGUAGCUUUAUCCACCUGCAACGGGCUUCAUGGGAUGUUUGAUGAUGAUCAUUUUGUCUAUCUCAUCGAGCCUCUGAAACAGACUCACUCCGUGGAAACAGAAGCGCGACCCCACACUUUGCACCGAACAUCGUCGCUCCAUGUGACCUCUGUCCCAGGUGACUGGGCUGCUAAUGACCCAGUUGAGGAAAAAGAAGAGGAGAAACGUAUUCUUGCUAGCAUGCCUUGGCUAAAGAGAAGGAGGAAAAGAGCUAUGCCACGUAACAUUUUUGAGGAAAUAAAGUAUCUGGAAAUAAUGAUUGUCGCUGACCACAACACGUUUAAAAGGCAUAAGAGUAAAAAGCAUACCAGGAACUUUGCCAAAUCAGUGGUCAACUUUGUAGACGCUAUUUUUAAGGAGCAGCUGAAUACGCGUGUGGUAUUAGUAGCUGUGGAGAUUUGGACUGACAGGGACCGGAUUCCGCUGAGCGUGAAACCACUGGAAAUGUUAAGAGAUUUUUCAAAGUACAGACAACAGAACAUCAACAUCAACGCUGAUGCCGUGCACCUCUUCACGAAUGUGACGUUUCAUUACGGUCGGAGCGGUGUUGCAUAUAUUGGUGGUGUGUGUUCCAAAGAAAGAGGAAUUGGUGUUAAUGAGUUUGGUAGCACAUGGACAAUGGCUGCCUCUCUCUCUCAGAGCUUAGCACAGAAUCUGGGUAUCCAAUGGGAUCCUGUGAUCAGGAGGAAGGAGUGCGGCUGCAUGGAAUCAUGGGUGGGAUGUAUAAUGGAAGACACUGGAGUGCAACACCCACGCAGGUUUUCCAAAUGCAGCAUUACUGACUACAGGAACUUUCUUCUAAGAGGUGGUGCCUCAUGUCUGUUUAACAAACCUAACAAGCUCUUUGAGGCUACAGAAUGUGGGAAUGGCUACGUAGAAGUGGGAGAGGAGUGUGACUGUGGGGCCCGAAUGGAGUGCUAUAAAGACUGCUGUAAAAAAUGUUCUUUGUCUAAUGGAGUGCACUGCAGUGACGGCCCCUGCUGCAACAGCACAUGCCUGUUCUACCCACGCGGAUACAGCUGUCGAUAUGCUGUAAAUGAUUGUGACAUAUCAGAGACUUGUUCAGGAGACUCGGGACAGUGCCCCCCUAAUCUUCAUAAGCAAGAUGGCUACUCUUGUCAGCUCAACCAGGGUCGCUGUUACAGUGGUGAAUGUAAGACCCGGGACAGUCAGUGCAAAUACAUCUGGGGUCCAAAGGCUGGAGGGUCAGAGAAGCACUGCUAUGAGAAGUUAAAUACAGAGGGGACAGAAAAAGGGAACUGUGGGAGAGAUGGAGACAAAUGGGUGCCCUGCAGCAAACAUGAUGUGUUCUGCGGGUACCUGCUGUGCACUAACAUUGGGAGAAUCCCAAGGAUCGGGACCCUGAAAGGCGACGUCACUCCCACCACAUUUAACCAUCAGGGGCGACUGGUGGAUUGCAGUGGGGGACACGUGCUGUUGGAUGAUGACACUGAUCUAGGGUAUGUGGAAGAUGGUACGCCGUGUGGCCCCUCUAUGAUGUGCCUUGAACGGAAAUGUCUACCUAUCUCCUCCCUGAACCUCACAGCCUGUCCGUCUGGCCCAGGUGGCCGAGUCUGCUCUUCUCACGGCGUGUGCAAUAAUGAAGCAGCCUGCACCUGUGAUGCUACAUGGGCAGGAACUGACUGCAGCAUGCACGACCCCCCAAAAGAGCCGCCCGUCAUCGAGGACCCAGGUCCCAAGGAAAUGUCAAGAAAAGACGAUAUGACCCUAACGCCAGUGCCAUCUAAAGAGGCUAAGAAAACUGCAUCCUUGCCUAGUGUGCCCCUGGGUUCCGUCAGAACCCACCGGACUGUACCCUCUCCUGCUGCUGACGCCGCUGCCGUUACUUGAAUAUAAAAGGACAGAAAGCGAGAGAAGAAAGGGAACGAACGGUCGAACAUUUUUCAUUUGAAGUCACGUAGAACUGCUUCUCUAGCGCUGCCCCCGUUCCUUUGCCCCUCUGGCCCUGAGCAUUCACACUGAGCCGUUUAGCAACCCUGAUAACUGGUAGUGGAUGGUACCACUCAUCGUGGCAUGACUUCACGUUUACACGCCACGACCUCCGGUUCCGACCCAGGCAUGACCAGCUUCAGCUGUGGACCUCACAUGGCAGAGGAGGGAUGCAAGACAAACAUAUUGUUAAUUAAAAAAAGAAGAAUGAUUUAAGUUCCAGUAGGUUGGUAACACAUCCAUGUGUGUGUAAAUGACCACGUCCUAAGAGAGGGACCCAUAUCAGACAGACAUUUCAAGGCAUAACUUUAACGUUUUUUUGUUAUUUCAGCAUGUUAUAAUUGCAGGCAUUUUCUGUAGUAUUAAUGAAACAAAUAAACCCAAACAAAAAAGUAAAAAAAAUCAAUCCAUUUGGCCAGCAGCGUAUACUGCUGCAUGAGGAAAUCACCACUGUUAUAUAUAUGCCUAAUGACGUCAAUUACUGUUCCCCUUGAAAAAAAACAAAAAAAAAAUUUUAAACUGACUGGGCCAUGUAGGUCUGCCCUGACCUGAAUGCCAUCACUGGUCAAUCAGAGAGCUGCAUGAUGUAACUGGACUGGGGGCGGAGCCCACACAGCCUGCUGCGCUUUUCAAGGUAUCUGCAUGUCAAAG